AUGAAUUCCAUAGAUGAUACGUCAACACAUUGUAGAUCUAGAAAGGUCUUCAAACUAAGGAAGAAGAAUGCCCAGAAACAUUUGACAAAAAAUACUAUCCUAUUAGGCUACAUAUUAAUAAUUUAUCAAUAUAUUAAGUUCAGCACAUCUUCAUGGAUCCUUGUAUUUCGACUCAUCCUUCAAACGUUAAUUUCUAAUCCGUUUCCUGGUGAUAGUCAACUAGUAAGAGUAAUUCAAAGAGUAAGAAACAAUAACAAUAACACCACUGAUACAGCUACUAAUAGUCCUAAUAAUGCUACAGACACCAAUAGGUAUUCGUUUGCAAUAAAUAAUAUGACAGCUUCAAUUCCAGGCGCUUUUAGUGAAGGUAUUUCUACAUCACAGAAUAAUGAAUCUUUUAAUAUCGAUGAGGAAGUCAUAAAUUUUAAGAAAAGAUUACGAACAUCUUUAUUUCAUGCUAUAAUCUUAAUUAAUAUUACUGUGCUUAUUUAUCGACUUUUCAAUCGAAUCAAUUUUAUAGAUAUGUCUGAUGGAAACGGAUUGAUAGAUACUGGUUUAACUAAUACUCCCUCGAUAUUUUUAAAUGGUAAUGGUGUUAGUCAAGGUGAAUUGAGAGGCGGCUUGACAUUUCAACUUAUUGGUGAAAGAUUACCGACCAAUAAUUAUGUAGCUAAUUUGCAGAUAUGGUUCCUUGAUUUAUUUAUAUUCUUAAGUCAAUAUACAUUAUUAACUUUGACAAGUAUUAACUUUAUUAAAUUGGGUUAUAAAGAACCAAAAGAAAUCAGAUAUACAAAAAGUGAUGGAUAUGAUGGAUUUUUGGUUGCUACCCAAAUCAAUUAUUCAGAAGCAUUGAAUGAAUUUUUAUCCUAA